CGGUGACAUAAAUAAUUCACAAUGCGGUUUAUGUCAGACUGGACUCAGACUCGCUUUGAAUACCACGGAAAAGUUCAGUCUACACUUCAAGAUGUCACACUUCAACAGUCAUUCAAAAUGACUGUUGAAUAUGGUGAAGAUCAUUAUAGACCGACGAUGAUACACAUCUGAAACAUCGUAUUAAAUCUGGAGACUGAGAGAUGGGGAAGUAUUUCUUCAGUGAGACAGACAUCAGGAGCACGUGGGAGCAGGUUCUGGCUGCGUUCUGGCAGAGAUACCCGAAUCCAUACAGUACUCAUGUUUUGACAGAGGAUGUGAUUUUUCGUGAAGUGACUCCAGAUAACCUUCUCCUUUCCCGACGUCUCCUCACAAAGACCAAUCGACUGCCUCGGUGGGCGGAGCGAGUCUUCCCCGGCAACCUCUCACGGUCUGUUUACAUUGUAGAGGACUCUGUCGUCGACCCCAGCAACAGACGCCUCACUACACUAACCUGGAACGUAAACCAUUCCACAUUAAUGACAGUGGUGGAGCGAUGUGUGUUUCAUGGUGAGCAGGAGAGGUCUGUAUGGACUCAUCUCACAAGAGAAGCCUGGAUCUCCUCAGGAGUGUUUGGUCUGUCCAGGCCUAUACAGGAGUUUGGCUUGUCCAGGUUUAGGAGUAAUCAGAUGAAGGCUAUGAAGGGUCUGGAACAUGCACUGUCUAAACUACAGAAAUCAGCAGCUCAGGGUCACCAUGCCGACUCAUCUAAAGAAUCCCCGAAGAAGACAGAGAACCUGGCAGCUUCCACCAGUUCGCAAAAGCCGCAGCAAUACGCCUGAAAAAUCUGUUUCUCAUCUCCAGCAAACUCAGUGGUUUUAUUGAUAUGUGUUAAUGUCCAGGAAAUAAACCUUUAACCUUCAGCUGCAUGUUCAGAGCGGAGCAGGUGCAGGAAAGUGAAAGUCAAUAGUGAUAAAGCGAAGGGAACUAUAGAUCUAGAGGACAUGAGUAAGUUCAUGAGUAGGUUAAUUAUCUUAGCAGGGAUUGUUAAACCAGCGCAGGAUGUUUAUAGUAGAAGAGUCCUGAAAGCUUUAAGUGAAUGUCCUCUUUAAUGCCCAUGUACUCAUCCUCACUCGGUACAUACGGCGGGUUUACGUCUCUAUUCCCAAACUGUGUGAAAGCGGAGAUAAAAACCUAAAUGAUUCCGUCAUGUUGCACUAUUUGUUGGAUGAAACCUCAGGGACAGAUAUGUAAUGUGAUUUCAGCCCGUUUUUUUUCUCACAGCCACGGGCUCAGGUUUCAUGUGUUUUAUCUUUUUCUUGAAAAUGAUCUGAAUAUUAGGUACAAUGUGAACAUUUAUCUUAUCGCUGGUUCGUUCUUAAUAUAAUAUUAUGUUUUAUGCAUGAUUGUGGUCGAGAAAACAUUUCAGUUCAUUCCAUUGUCUUUCAGUUACACUUUCAGAAGUUUUGUUCUUGAAGUAAAGAGAACACAGAAGUGCUCUGUGUUCCAUCUGAGUUUAGAAUGUACUGUAUGUAGAUGCACAUAACCUUCUACACUGUAAAAUGACACUGAUACUGAAUCUAUAAUAAAGUCGCUGCCUGUUUGUGGUCAGUGACUUCUUAUUA